GUCUGUAAGGAACUCUUAAGAGCUUUGUUUGGUGUGUGUGUUUAAAACACACCGGGAGCUGUGAACAAACCCCAUCAGAUUGCCGAGAACAACUUGUAAUGGAGCCUUUACCUCUUGAGUUACCAGCUGACACAGUGCAACGCGUGGCAUCUGAACUUCGAUGUCUCCCUACAGAUGAGAGGGUCGCCCUCCGUCUCGAUGAGGAAGACAAGCUGAGGCACUUCAGGGAGUAUUUUCAUAUUCCCAAAACGCAGGAUCUCCCUCCAAUUGACUUAUCAUUAGUGAAUAAGGAUGAAAACGCCAUCUAUUUUUUGGGAAAUUCUCUUGGCCUUCAACCAAAAAUGGUUAAAACAUAUCUGGAAGAAGAACUAGAUAAGUGGGCCAAAAUGGGAGCCUAUGGUCAUGACAUAGGGAAACGACCUUGGAUCACAGGAGAUGAGACUAUUGCAGGUCUUAUGACUGACAUUGUUGGAGCCAAUGAGAAAGAAAUAGUCCUAAUGAAUACUUUGACUGUUAAUUUGCAUCUUCUACUGUUAUCGUUUUUUAAGCCGACACCAAAACGGUACAAAAUUCUUCUUGAAGCCAAAGCCUUCCCUUCAGAUCAUUAUGCUAUUGAAUCACAGCUUCAACUUCAUGGACUCAACACUGAGAAAAGUAUGCGGAUUGUAAAGCCAAGAGAGGGGGAAGAAACCUUGAGAACAGAAGACAUCCUUGAAGUAAUUGAGAAGGAAGGAGACUCUAUUGCAGUGAUCCUGUUUAGUGGGGUGCAUUAUUAUACUGGACAGCACUUUAAUAUGCCCGCCAUCACAAAAGCCGGACAAGCAAAGGGUUGUUUUGUUGGCUUUGAUCUAGCGCAUGCAGUUGGAAAUGUUGAACUCCACUUACAUGACUGGGGAGUUGACUUUGCCUGCUGGUGCUCCUAUAAGUAUUUAAAUUCAGGAGCUGGAGGUCUCGCUGGUGCCUUUGUCCAUGAAAAGCAUGCCCAUACAAUUAAACCUGCGUUGGUGGGAUGGUUUGGUCAUGAACUCAGCACCAGAUUUAAAAUGGAUAACAAAUUGCAGUUAAUCCCUGGAGCCAAUGGAUUUAGAAUUUCAAAUCCUCCCAUAUUGUUGGUCUGUCCUUUGCACGCUAGUUUAGAGAUCUUUAAGAAAGCAACCAUGAAAGCACUGAGAAGAAAGUCUGUUUUGCUCACGGGUUACCUGGAAUACCUGAUCAAGCACUACUAUGGCAAAGAGAAAGCAGAAGCCAAGACACCAGUGGUGAACGUAAUCACUCCAUCCCGUAUAGAGGAACGCGGCUGCCAGCUAACAUUAACAUUUUCCGUUCCAAUAAAAUCUAUAUAUCAAGAACUAGAAAAAAGAGGAGUGGUUUGUGACAAGCGGGAACCCAAUGGCAUCCGAGUGGCUCCAGUUCCUCUCUACAAUUCUUUCCACGAUGUUUAUAAAUUUAUCAAUCUGCUCAAUUCUGCACUUGAGGCUGCAGAAAGAAAACAUAACAGUGUUUAGAACAAAUUAAGCAAACUGAAAGCUGCUGUGAUUAUUUUAUGAUUUUUAUUCAAGUUUUAAUCAUUAGAAAUGUUAAAAAACUAAUUACACCUAACUGGCAAUGAAUUGCAUACUUUACAAAAAA